GUUAUUAUAUGGGUUUUACAAAGGUCUCCUUGAUGGGAUCAGGGGGAUGGGAAAACUGGCUCGAUUUUUCGGUUUAAUUGAAUUUGAACCGAUAAGUUUCUUAUAGGUUUCACAUUUUUUUUAUUAUCCCGAGCCGAUUUGUAUUUCAACGAUUUCGGUUUAAACCGGAAACCAAUAAAAAAAUCAAAAUCAAGAUCUACCUUUCAUAUCCGUGCCAUGGAACCAAUAGGUCUAAGUAGAAUUCAUCAUACUAUUAGGGUGGAUGGGUUUUGGUUUUCGAUUAUACUAACCUAAACGAACAUGUUAAGAGGUUUACCGAUUUUCGAUUUACAAAACAACGAAAAGCUCUUAACAGGUUCGGUUUCGAUUUUGAGGAAACAAUCUAGAUAGGGUUUCGGUUUUUAAUGUUGAAAACCAAUAGUCUCCUUAAUGGGUACGGUUUCUUUUUUUGGUGACUUUUUUUUGUGUGAUCGGGUACGGUUUCAAUUUAGCUCAAUUUCCAAAAUUUUAAUGGUUUCAAUUCUGAACCAAACCGUACAGACAUCCAUUUGUUAUAAUUUACUUAUUUUGUAUUAUUGGAUUGCAGGAUUCCACCAGUCGAAAUGGGGAUACGAAAACAUUUCAGUGGUCGAACAAGUGAUUGAGAAUUAUAUGAAAGCUGACAUUCCUUUAGACGUGAUAUGGAACGAUGACGAUCACAUGGACUACCAUAAGGACUUCACCGUGAGCCCCGAGAAUUAUCCUCUCGACAAGCUCAAAUCCUUCCUGGAAAAGAUCCACAGUUUGGGAAUGAAUUACGUCGUGCUCACUAAUCCAGGAAUCAACGUCAAUUCCACUUAUGAGGUCUACCAGAGAGGCAUGGCAGACGACGUGUUCAUCAAGUACGACGAACAACCAUACUUGGGCAAGUUAUGGGUCGGACCGGUCCAUUACCCGGACUUCCUCAACCCAAAGACCGUCUCGUGGUGGGAGGACGAAAUUCGUCGCUUCCACGACAUGGUCCCCAUAGACGGGUUGUGGCUCGACAUGAACGAACCUUCCAACUUCUGCCCUGGACUCUGCAAUUUCCCACUUGGCGACUGCCAUUCUUGGGAAUGUUGCCUCGUUUGUCGGAAGAUCAACGAGACGAAGAAGUGGGAGGAUCCUCCUUACAAGAUCAACGUGAUGGGAUCGAAAGAGUACAUCGGCUUACACACCAUUGCCCCUAGUGCGGUUCACUACAACGGCGUGUUGGAGUACGAUGCACACAGCCUUUAUGCACUUUCACACGCCAUUGCUACUCACAAGGCUCUUUCAAGCAUCAAAGGGAAACGACCGUUCAUCUUGUCGAGAUCGACCUACGUUGGAAUCGGGCAUUACGCGGCUCACUGGACGGGUGACAACACAGGGGAUUGGGACAAUCUCAAGUACUCCAUACCUGCGAUGCUCAACUUCGGCAUCUUCGGAGUGCCGAUGGUUGGGUCGGACAUAUGCGGGCACUAUCCUGCUUGGUCGUCGUCUAUGGAGGAGCUGUGCAAUCGCUGGAUCGAGGUGGGAGCUUUCUACCCUUUCUCGAGGAAUCACGCCAACCUCUGGUCGCCGAGGCAGGAGCUUUACCUCUGGGAAUCGGUGGCUGAAUCCGCGAGGAAUGCUCUGUCGAUGAGGUACAGGCUUCUCCCGUUUCUCUACACGUUGAACUACGAGGCGCAUACUACAGGCGCCCCGAUUGCUAGGCCGCUCUUUUUCUCGUUCCCUGGAUAUACAGAAAGUUACGUGAUCAGCACCCAGUUCUUGCUAGGCAGCAGCCUCAUGAUUUCGCCCGUGCUCGAGCAGGGGGAUACGCAAGUGAAGGCUCUGUUCCCUCCCGGAUCGUGGUACAACGUGUUCGACAUGUCAGAGUGUGUAGAAUCGAAGGGAGAGUAUUACACAUUGGAUGCACCAUUGAAUGUGAUCAAUGUGCAUCUCUAUCAGAAUGCCAUUCUGCCGAUGCAACAGGGUGGAAUGAUCACCAAAGAUGCGAAGACGACGCCGUUUAGCAUUGUGGUCUCAUUUCCUUUUGGAUCGUUUGUUGACGGAGGAGAAGCUAGGGGGAGGAUCUUCAUCGACAACGAUGAGCUCGUCGAGAUGAAAUUAGGGAAUGGGGAGUCGACGGUUGUCGAGUUACGUGCCACGGUGAUCCAUGGGAAUGUGACGUUGUGGUCGGAUGUUGAGGACGGAGAGUUUGUGUUGAGUAAAGGUUUGAUCGUUGAGAAGGUGAGCGUGUUAGGAUUGGGUGGGAGUGGGGCGCCUCGCGAUGUUCGAGUUAACUGGAACCCGAUCUCUGCUGAUUCGAAGAUACAGGUGAGAUCAUCGGAACAGAGGCGCAUUGGGAGAGAUGACAGGGGAAGUAUGAGUAUGAUGGUAGAGAUCAGCGGGUUGGAAAUUCCAUUAGGAAACAACUUCACUAUCACAUUGAACAUGCCUGAAUCCUAGGUAAUUAAGAUUUGAGUAAAUC